AACUGACUCGUGCCAUUUGUUUCCUCUAUCGCACCAUCCAUCCGCUGACGGAGCCCCGCACUGAGCAAGAGAGCGUGCGACAUCACCAUUGUCGACGGUAUAUGUACUACACAGACUCGUUCAACUACCAAAAAGAGGUGCAGAACAAGCUGCCCACCGACGCAGGCAACACAACACCCGAUCUCCGAGGCCGAUCUAACUCCCAAACAGGCAACGCAACCUCCCACAUGAGCGUGAGUUCUUCCAAUUCGUUCGGGUCCGCCAAUGGCGCCAGCGGCGGACAAGGCGGACAAGGCGGCCAAGGCAACCAAGGCAAUUCAUUGUAUUUAUUCCCGAUGGUCGAGAAAAUGUUCCGCAUCAAGAUUACGGAAGACGUCGAGCGGGAUCUGCGGUACCUCGGGCAAUCUCGCGCGGACGCGCUCAUUUCCGAGUUUGACAUGACUCCUGUGAAGGAACAGAAAGGCGUCCAGCUGUACGAGGUGGCCGAGCAAGAGUUUUACACGAUGAAGGCGGUGGUGCUCACUCCCAAGGCGAGCAUCCACGACGUCAUGAACCUUAUGGACAUGGCCACGACCAACAGCUUCCGCGACACUAUGGGCGACAUCUUCGGCGCACUCUUCCUCGACGGCGUCGUGCUGUAUGCGUCUCCGAAAGACGUCACCCGUCCCAAUGAGAGCCUCACCGUGAACUGGAUGGCGCUGCAGAGCUCCAAGGCCCACCUGCCCCACCGCGACUACGUGUUCCUCAAGUACGGCGACUGCUUUGGCCGCGAAUCGUCCCUUGACGCCGACCCCCACGGCAGCGGCAGCAACUCGUUUGUCGGGGCCAGCAUCUGGGAAAGCAUCGAGUUUGACGGAUGCGGCCCCUUGCCCGAAUCGCAGAACGUCGUGCGGCUCAAGUUCCGGCGGUGCGGGUUCGUCAUUGAGGAAUCGCUCACUAAUGACUCGCUGAAGGUAUCGUUCUACCUGUCCGAGUCGCACCCGGGGAGGUCCUCCGUGAGCAACCUGACCAAGUCGUGGAUGACCAAGCUGCUGCUGUGCGUGUCGGAGAUUUCCGCGACGCUGAUGACCAAGCACUUGUCAGAGCAGACGCUGCUGGCACGGCACGAGUUUACCAAGGACGGCCACUGCUGCUUCAUCUGCCUCACAAAGUUCACCCUCAUGCGACGAAAGCACCACUGCCGCGUCUGCGGCGACGUCGUGUGCGGCAAGUGCUCCCAGAUCAAGUCGGUCCGCCAAAACGGCGUCAACAAGGACGUGCGCAUCUGCCUCCAGUGCUCGAGCGCGUCCAGCGUCACAUCCAACAGCAACCGCAACUCGAGCACGAGCAGCAACGGCUUUGUGAGCCACCCGUCGUCCCACAAAAUCCGCGCGCUGACAUCGUCAGGCUCAAGCAAUUCGCUCUUCAACGGCGGCGGCGGCAGCUCCGUGUCGUCCACCGACAGCGCGUCCGGCUUUGACUAUACAGAGUACCAGAAGCCACACAAAAACGUGAUCCUCGAGGGCACGGAGACCCCCACGCCGCGCCAGCCGUCGCCCAAGAUCGUACUGCAGCCGCAUUACGCCGCGUCCCCCAGCAGCUCGUCGUCGGGCAUGUCGAGCACACAAGUGCGCUACGGGUCGUCCAAGCCAUCAUCCGAUAUGAUUUUGCUCGACCAGGUGGACGUGGACACGCUGCCGUCGACGGUGGUGGCGGCGUUCCCGUCUUCAUCGUCCACCCCUUCGACCAUGACGCCCCCGCUGCUCACGCUAGCGUCGUCGUCGAUGGCCGUGCCAUCCAACGUCGUGGUCAAGGAGAACUCGACGUUCAGCUACGCGCUGAGCUACUCGCAGCGCCAGGAAUGGCCCAAGGCGCCGUUGCCGCGCAACGAAGCGACGCGCCUGCUUAAAGUACGCAGCUUGUACCUCAUGGACCCGGACAACCAGUUCCAGGACAUGGUGGACGUGGCGUCGACGACGUUAAGCUGCUCGAUCGCGGCGAUCUGCGUGAUCGGCGACAAGACGGGCUUCAUGCUGGCCAAGCUCGGGCUCGGCAAGCGCGAAGUGUCGCGCAACAUCUUGUUUGACGCACACACGAUCAUGAGCUCGGUGCCGACGAUCGUUCUAGAUGCGACGCAGGACGUCCGGUUCGUGCACAACCCGCUGGUCGUGGACGGCAUCAUCCACUUCUACGUGGGCAUCCCGCUCGUGGCGUCGGACGGGGCGGUCGUCGGGUCGUUUUCCGUGGCCGACCACGUCGCCCGCAAGGAACUGACGGGGGACCAGCUGUACUUUUUGCAAAAUUUGGCGAAUUUGGCGCUCAAGGGCAUCGAAGCCAACACGGCCAAGUACACGACGUCGCAGAGGAACCCGCUGGCCGCGUCCGACUUGAGCGUGGUGACGAAUGGCACGGCCACGUACUCACAGUCGCUGGACGAAGACUUGGACCUGAAGAAGGCGGCCAACACGAUGCAGGAACUGCUCAACAAAGCAUAUGCCACCCAGGUCAAGGUGACGUUGGCGUCUACAUCGGCACCGUCGAAAAAGUAAACGAACAAGCGUGCCGAUGGUAGCCAUGUAGUAGAACUAGGGUAGAUAGGUGUUGUGGUACGGGCUCUAGACUGGAUAUAGCGAACCAACCCACCAACAUAAUCAAGUGUGUAAGUGUCGAACGAUGCGGAUGUGUUUGUGUUGAUGGCGAACGAGUAUGUAGGUAGUGGCGACGCGGAAGAGUCGACUGACGAACGACCAGCAGCCAAGAUGCAUUGAUCCGUUGGGUUUACAGGGACAAGAGGAUAGUUUGCGUCUGCCUACUUGUAGUCCUUGUCGUCGUCGUCGUCCUCGGUGUCGAUGCCGGCGAAAAAGUUCUCCAAGCCUUCCUCGUAAUCGUCAAACACCUUGGGCUUGUUGUUCUUGAGCUUCACGCCGCUGUCCAGCAACGUUUCCAAAUGCGCCUUUUGUUUCCACUGCAUCAACGUUUCUUCCAGCUCCAUGCCGGCCUUGGUGAUGAGCAUGUCGACUACGCGGGGGUCCUUCACGUCUGCGUGUUUGCGGAAGAACGCCUGCACCGCCAAGCGCGCCUCAGAUGGCUCCAUGCUGAUGUCAUACAGAGUCAGCACACGCGGCACUUGCUUUGUGAUCUGUCGGUACAAAGUCACGGCAGGGUUCGAUCCCCCCAACUUUUCCGUCGCCAAACGCAGCGCCAUGGCCAGCCAGACAAAUAAAGUAAAUGCACCGCGCUGCAAAGUCACUGGGACAAACAGAAGACGACCAAAACAUGGC